CGCGCUACUGCUGGCGCUGCUGUUCUCUGAGCUGGAGGGAGACAACCUCAACCCAGAAAUGGUGUAGAAUAUCAGGAAAAACAACCAGGGAACUCGGCAAGAAAGAGAACCGGGACCGCACGGCUGUCUACAAAGGCACAGGAGAGCCAUUCAGAAGAGCCGAGGGUCAAAGGUGAGGAGAGCAGAGGGCACCAUGGAGAGUGAUCCAGGGGCCCCUGCCUCCACGGCCGCCACUACCGGGACCACCACCACCACCGCUGCCGCCUCCUCCUCCACCUCCACCAGCUCCUCCAGCUCCACAGCUGCCAGCAGCAGCAACAACAGCAGCACCAAUUCAAACACUACUACUACUGCAACUACUUCUACUACUUCUACUACUACUAGUAGUAGUAGUAAUGGUAGUGGCACCAGUAGUAGCAGCACCACUAGUAGUACUACAGCAGGAAGACAGGCAGUGCCUCAGAUAUCUGUUUACAGUGGGAUACCAGAUCGUCAGACAGUACAGGUAUUCCAGCAGGCGUUACACAGGCAACCCAACACAGCAGCACAAUACCUGCAGCAGAUGUACGCAGCUCAGCAGCAGCAUCUGAUGUUACAAACUGCAGCCCUUCAACAACAGCACAACUUGAGCACCGCUCAGCUGCAGAGUCUGGCAGCUGUACAGCAGGCCAGUAUUGCAGCUGGUCGGCAAAGCUCUUCACAGAAUGGUACUUCAUCUCAGCAAACAGGAUCUACUCAGGCAACGAUCAAUCUGACCACCUCCCCAGCAGCAGCUCAGCUGAUCAGCCGGGCCCAGAGCAUUAGUUCCACCCCCACCAGUAUUUCCCAGCAGGCUGUUCUGCUGGGCAGCCCGUCUAGCCCCACUCUCACCGCCAGCCAAGCACAGAUGUACCUGCGUGCACAGAUGGCCCAGCAGAGUAACCUGGUGCAGGUGGCCAGGAGCCUGGGCCGAGCUGUGCCUCUAUCCCCACAGCUCAUCUUCACUCCAACAGCCACAGUGACGGCCGUCCAGUCUGAGAGCGCCACCCAGGCCUCCUCACAGAAUCAGGUCCAGAAUCUGGCCAUCCGCGGCCAGCAGGGGGCGACCACGUCCUCCUCUCAGACUCAGACCCUCCAGGCUCUCAGUCUGAAGCAGAGCCCUGUGCCCAUCCAGCCCGCCUCACUGAUCAAGAACCCCAGCCAGGGCACCCAGGGGUCCACAGGAGGCAAGGCCAGCUCCUCUGACAGUCUGUCAGAUGGGGUGAAGAAGGGAGACGUCACACCAGUCACAGAAGUACGAGCUAUAAACAUGAGCCGAAGUGUCACCGCCGUCAGCGCCCAGCCUUUACUCGCUCCAGCGUACACCCAGAUUCAGCCCCAUUCCCUGGUUCAGCAGCACAAACAGCAACAGCAGCAGCAGCAGCAGCAGCAGUUUGUGGUCCAUCAGAGCCAAAGUUCCCAGAGGACACCAGGCCAGCUGCUGCAGACCGCCUCCAUUCAGCCCUCGCAGCACCCAGUCCCUGUGCUGCCCAAACCUGCCCCACACCAGCCCUCGACGCCCAGCCAGCAGGCCACCAUCUUCCACUCCACCAUCAGCCCUCAUGCCCUCCACUCGUCCCUCAAUCACGCCAAAGCUCAGCCCGUCCAACUCACUGCUAUCAACUUACAAAUACAGCCAACUGCCUCUCGACUGGUCCAGGACAAUAAAGAUAAGCCGACGUCUCUGGUGGUCAGAGAGACGUGUCCACCUUCAUCCACACAGCAGCAACAGCCUCCGCAACAACAGCAGCAACAACCUGCAGCUGCACCGUCGCAACCUACCAAACCAGUCGAGCAGCCCAAGGUCAAUCCAGCCACACCAGCGGUUCAGCCACAAGGUGGGGGCUCAAGCAAGAGGCAGAGUGCUCCACCUGGGACCCCGCCUCCAGCCAUGACCUCAGGGAAUGAGAGCGAGGCGCCCACUGUGACGGGCAGCACGCCGCAGAACGGGGAGAACAAACCACCCCAGGCCAUCGUCAAGCCCCAGGUCCUUACGCACGUCAUCGAAGGCUUUGUCAUCCAAGAGGGCGCCGAGCCGUUCCCCGUGUGUGUGGAGCGUCUGCCCAUUCUAAUCGACAGCCCAAAGAAACUGGACCAUCAGCUGUCGUCAGACCCCGACAAAACCCCUGUCAGCAACGCCGCCAACUCUGACUCUGAGCCUGAGGACUUGAACCAGCCAGAAAAGGAACAAGAACAAGAGCCUAGGCUGACGUGUGAAUACUGCGGAUGGGUCGACUUUGCGUACACGUUCAAGGGCUCGAAAAGAUUCUGCUCCAUGGCUUGUGCGAAGAGGUACAAUGUGAGCUGUACGAAGCGGAUGGGCCGUUUCCGUCCAGAGAGGAGUAAACCGACGAACCGCUGGCGUCGGAGGUCUCAGGGUCGACCCAGUAUCGAGGCUAAGAAGCAGAAGCUGUCUCCGUCACCCCAGCAGACUCAGGGGGGUUCAGUAUCGUCCCCCCAUCCCUCUCAGCCCAGUCAGGAGGAGUCCAGCCCCUGCUCUGACAUGUCCAGCUACGAGGAGCCGCCAUCUCCGCUGUCUGCAGCCAGCUCCGGCCCCCCGGCUCCGGCCCCCGACCCGGCUCAGGUCCCCGUCCACCGGCAGCCGAGCAGGGCGUCGGAUCAGGACGGCUGCGCCGGCAGGGACGCACCAGCACUGGGUCAGCACUUCUUACCCAACGACCCCACCAAGUGGAAUGUGGAAGAAGUUUAUGAGUUCAUUCGUUCACUGCCAGGUUGUCAGGAGAUAGCGGAUGAGUUUCGUUCUCAGGAGAUCGACGGACAGGCUUUGCUGCUGUUAAAGGAGGACCACCUCAUGAGCACCAUGAACAUUAAACUGGGACCUGCGCUUAAGAUCUUUGCACGCAUAAACAUGCUCAAAGACUCCUAGCAGGAAGGCCUGUCAUACGUUUGGAGCACACGCGCAUUGAUCCGAGGGCACUGACGUGUAUUUGUACAUCUGAAUGAGGAGCGAACACGCCGUCACAGCACUGACCACACAGAUGACCGACCGACUGCACCCAGACCGACGCCUUCUGCCGCCCACACCUGGACCGAGUCGCACUUAAACCGGACCGCUCUCAAUCCAUACGCGUGUUAUCUCUGCAGCCACGUGAACAUUCAGAAAUCAUUUGGCUAAUGAGGGUUUAACUGAGCACUUAAAUGACACCAACCAUCAGAGAACAGGAAGGUGUUUACACCCACUCACAGGAGAGAUGAUGCAGGCGGCGACUGAAGUUAAAUCUGUAGAAGAGCCACAGUAUCAGAUGUGCCAAAUGAGUCUAUAUUCAGAUUCUGUUUUCACCUGGUGCCAAAUUCACAAAGAGUCUUAUCUCACCACCGGGGAUUUCUCUCAAGUGGUGCUGAGACGCAUCCUCAAAGAAGCCGGGAGCAGUUUUUGGUCGGUUUAAGGGGCUCCUCUUGACCGCCUCAAACUUAUCUCUGUUUUAGAAGCUCCAUUUAGCGCUAAAAUGUGAAUUACUUUCAGAUCAAAAAUUUAGCAGUCCUUAUGUUGGGACGGACAGGCACAGCGACUUAGAGACUACUUUUAGCCUGAGGAUGCUUUGUGAAUGUGGUAUUUAAAUGAGAUCUUUAUGCGGAGGAGAGUGGAGCGUUCACUAAGCACAGAGGUCUCCUUAUUCCACCUCUGUCUGCUGUUUCAGGCUAUCAGUCAAAAAGCUAAAAAAAAAUGUUUUAAUGAAAUGCGCAAAUGUCAUCAUCAGGGUUAACACAUCUGCAUACAGACUUAAAGAUGAUACUGGUUCAGAACUCAAAUCACGAACGUAAACAGGCGAGAGGAUGGAGCUGUUGAACUGUGCUACUGUAGGUCGGGUCAUACUGUAACAGACGUCACUAAAUUGAGGCAUUAGGACAAAGUAUGAUACAAGUCUGAAUUUAUUCAAAUUAUUAUGUUAAUUGGCUUGUUUUUGUACAGUUUUGUUAGUGUGUGAAUGAGAGCAGACCAGUUGUGCUUGUGUGUCUGGGAACGGAAGAUUGCAUUCAUUAAUUUGCUCAUUUUUAUUCAGUAGGUGCUCCUUUUUGCCUUUUCUCACAAUAAGACUCUCACAGCUCUCGCAUACAAAGCACGAAUGCAGACGAACCGUUUAAGCAGCUUCUUUUGUAACAUCGAUUUUCUUUUUUUUUUCUUUUCAUGAGGAACUCUGGUUUUCUCCUGCAGAUUUGGACCGCUUAGAAAUGGAUUUUUUUUCCCAGCUUUUUCGAAGUGAUUUACUAAAAUAUCUAUUGAUUUCUCGUCUUGAUUCUUUUUUUUCAGACACUACAUUAUCCAAGGUACAGUUUGGAUAUGCUGCUCUCUUCACACAAUCUGCUUUUUGGCACUUAAUUACUUUUUUUUUUUUUUGCUUUUGAUAGUAUAAGACACUCCACCUGAAGCAUAAAAUGGUAUUUGUGCAGUAAUGCAAAGAAGUUUAUAUGUACAUAGUAACUCAAGUGAGGAAACUGUCCAUUUUUAAGUUAUCUUUUAUUUUAAAACAGAAAUUUAAUGGUGUUUAAUAUUUUGAAAUAUGCAAAUGUAUAAAUGACAUGGUUUGGGAGUUAUUUCAUGUUUUGUUUUGGUUUUUUUUUGUAAUGGAAAUAUGAUCAUAUCUAUUUGUUUGUGCCUGUGAUGAAAGGUCGACUUUUUUAGAUAAUGCUUUGUUAAAUGCUUGUAUUUAUCGAAACAGUUUGUUACACAUUUUGCAGGUAUAAAUAAUUUGCAAUACA